UUGUAUUAAAAGAACAAGCUGCGUUCGGUAUCCUCGGAAUAUUCCUUUCGCAAGAAAAACUCAAUAGUCUCUUUUAUGCAAUUUGCAGUGCAUAUCUCGCUGAGACUCGGUUUAUAUUAAUUGUUUAAUAGCUUGAAUCGUUGAACGAUCGCAAUGGAAAAGCAGGAGCUCCUGGGACACGUGGCCAAGGUGGUCAGGGCGCUGAUCACGUCAACUAAGCCGCCGGUCGAGCUGCGGUCCAUCGUCAAAGAUUACAUGGAGGUCGAGGGUGAGCCGAUACCCUUUCACAGGCUGGGCUACUCGAAUGAGCAAGACCUGCUUAGGGCUACGAAUCAGUUUAAGUUUCACCAUUACGGCAAUCAGGUGUUUAUAAAAGCGACGUAUAACGCUAGCACAGCACACAUUGUGCGUAUGGUACGCGAGCAAAGGACCAGCACUUCCAAAUCCUUAUCGAAGCCCCCGCCAAUUGCCCAGAAUCCCAUUUACGGCAAGAGGUACCACAAGCAACAACAGAAUACGCAGUGGAAUCAUCAAAAGCAGGACCACCGAUAUUGUCCAACACAGCCAGCGUAUUGGCAACCGGAUUAUUGGCAGCAGCAGCAGCAGAACCGUCAGCGGGAUCAAGAAAUAAGGAAAGCAGCUAAGCGCGAGAAUCAGGCUAAUGCCAAGCAUAAACAAGAUCUAACGGACACCAAAUUUCAAGAGCUGUUGGAUAAUAAUGAUAAUAUUCAAGAACAGUUUUCGGAAAGCCCACAGAUUGAGGAACAAGACCAUCUAGAUCUAGGUCAAAUACCGAAGGAAGUCGUGAGGGAAACACAGAGGCGCGUAGUAAAAGAAACCCGCGAUCGGGCUAGGAAGGUUACCAUGCGAGCUGCAAAGUUGGAUCAGGAAACGAUCAGCAUAACAAUUGAGAACAAAAAGGCACCAGCCAUGAAUGGACAUGGACCAAGCCACGUUACGGCUAACGGGCAAGACAAAGGCAAUGACGGCAAACCUCCGCUGCGUGCCAUACUGGGCAACAGUGCUUCGCAGCGCAAGCAAGAUACAAGCACCGUCUAUCACAGCCCUGAAUCCUCAUUCAGGCGGCCACGUCAUCCGCGAAUAAUGUUCCCUGGUCCUCAGCGCACCACGGGCGUCUCUGUGAAUCACAGACUGAAAGUAACGCCGCAAUCGGAUGCAACAACGCCAGCUGGAGCGCCCAUCACUCCGCCAGCUUCGCCGGAAUAUGCUCAAACGACAUCCGCUGCCAAAAAGACGUACAAGGAAGAUAUCCACGGAGAUCAGGGUCAAACAGGCAAUGUCGUUACAAAUCCAAAAGUUAAGGUGCCACUUAAAUACGAUCCCUCAUUUGAUCCCGUCUCCACGCUCAAUCUCUAUUGCGAGGCAAAUGACUUUGAGAAACCUGCGUACAACAUAUUCAACAAGCUACGGCACCUACAUUGUUCAGUGCAAAUCGCUGGCGAUGUCUACAGUAGCUAUCCGCAGGAGUUCACUGAUAAGGAGACAGCAUACCAAUGCACGGCAAAGAUCGCUAUCCAGCGCAUCCUGCAUGCCCAGUCACACCAAAAGCGCUCUGCUUGCACAUUUAGCGAUGCGGAGUUUAUCGAUGGAUUGUACGAGGAGCUGUUGAAGCACCCACAUGGCAUAUUGGGUCACAAGCUGGAGGAUUGGUACGGCAGCACCUUCCGGCAACAUUUGCCCAGUCAUUGGUACGAUUUGAUCCUGAAUUCAAAUAAAAUUCGUGUUGAGCACGGCAUUGACCCAAGGAUCAUAUUGUUUGCCAACGAUCCUGGUUCAUUGAAGCCGGACCGCGCCAGCAUAAGCACGCUGCCACAGAUGGUGCUGCCGUGGCAGGCAAGCGAAGGAGGAUCACACGACUGGAACAUGUUCAUCAGCUUCUGCGACUCCACCAAGUUAGUGUGGGCUCGGAUGAUCGAUCAGAUCGCAAACUUUGAGGAACUGACGAAGCAAAUUGGACGACAAAUGGAGUCUCCGCAUUUCCGGCAAAAGGUCUCUAAACUUUACGCUCAGGAAGUCUAUCUGGUGGAGAUGCCCGAUGGCUGGAAUCGUGUUCGUGCAAUUUCCGUGGAUGAGGAGACCCGCUCGUGCCGUUGUCACUUUAUCGACUUUGGCGAUGUGGGCAUGUUUCAUUUAGAAGAUCUGUUCCAGUGUCCACCGCAGUUCUUGGUGCUCCCGGCCCAGGCCGUUUGCCUCAGCAUGUACGCGUUGGAUAAGUUCGAGGAUCAUCCGCACGCUCACAAGGUGUUAACGAAGGAGCUGGACGGCCAGACGGUUGUGGCCCAUGUGCUCACCACGGAGAAGCCGUUCCUGGAACUGGGUGGAUAUGCCCAGGGUGUGGUGGAGAACGGUAAGCGUCGGGCGUGCUUGGUGGCCACGCUGUACGACACCUCUACGGCUGAGGACAUACAUUUGAACGAUCUGGUUGCGAGCAGAAUAACCAAGUGCACGCCGGCACCAUCCCUAAGUGACGGCAAGACCACGCCCAUUCUUGUGUCUCACAUCAACGAUGAUGGUGAUCUAAUGGUGCUGCUGCGCAAUGAUGACCUUAAGUUUGUGGAACGCAGUAUUGCGCAAACUGUGGCUGAUUUGGGCGAGCAGGACCGAGUGAGCUAUUCCGAUCUGCUCCACGACCGCCAUAUAUUUGUGUGCGACGAGACUGUCGAUGGCGUGAAGCAGUGGUUCCGCGGGCGAUUGGUCACCAGACCACUCAAUCCGGAGGAAGAGACUUUCGAUGUCUACUACAUGGACGAUGGACGGCAGCGUAAGACGCACAUCUCUAAUAUCUACCGCCUGGAGGCCAACAACAGAGCUCUGGCUACGUUCCCACCACAGGCGAUAGCCGUUCGCCUGCACGACGUUCCAGAGAUCGGAGGUCAUAUGCUUCAUCGCCUUCGGGGUCUGAUACCUUGGCGCACAGAAGCUCUGCUGAAGUUUGUGGCCAAGGAUAGUGGCAAGCCUCUGGUAAACGUAUUCAUCCGCGAGGACCCGGAGUCCAUGUAUAUGUGCGUGAACAUUGGCCUUCGCUUGGAGUUCGAGAUGGCUAGCUCCAUUCAUCCGGAUUAUACGCUACUGAGCACCAAUGUCCAGCUGCCCAGACGCGGUAGCUUCAGCUCCGUGUUCUCCAAUCAGAGCAGCAACAGCGACCUUAUCGCUACCACUCCCCCGGUGACGCCAGAGAAGAAAUCAUCUGCAAGAUCAGGCGCCAGCACCUUCUCGUCGCUCAUGCUCAAGGAUUACGAGGCUAUUCCGGCAGUGGGAGCCUAUUUCGAGGUGCGCGUUGCCCUGUCCGUCAAUCCCGGUCACUUUGCGGUGCAACCGUAUAAAUGCUAUAACCAGCUGCAGACUUUGAUGAAGAAUUUGCAAGAGCAUUGCCAAAAACCGACAGCCAAGGCAGUCCAGCCUUCACAACUGGCCAUUGGAGAGGCCUACGCUGCUCCCGACUCCGCAGGCGUUUAUCAUCGCGUAAGUAUUCACAAGAUUUACGAUGAGAUUAUACACGUGCGUUUCGUCGACGUGGGCGACGAUGGAGUAAUUGCCUGUGAUCAACUGAAAACUCUAAAUCCGGAGUUAAGAAAGCUGCCCAAGAUGGCACUGCCAGCACAACUUUAUGGCAUACAACUGACUGAUGUAGUAUGGAGCAAGGAGAACUGCCUCCGAUUCCGCGAACUGUCGUUGGGCCAGAAGUUUAUUGGCAUUGUGCGGCGCAUGACUAAGCAAAGAGAUGGCGGACGAGCGAUGUGCCUGGAGCUGGUGGACACCUCCACGCCGAAAGAUAUUAAGCUGCACGAGAUUCUCAUCAAUGAGAAGCACGCACAGCCAGCAACAAAGGAAGUAUGAGUCGGAGGAGACGAUCCAUUUAAAUUUGUUCAUGUUUAUGUUUGCGUAAUCCUAGUUUUAGAAUUAGGGAUAUACAUAUAACUUAUUAUGACGAAACAUUCCGCCAGAUGGAACCGAUAAUAGCUAAUAAACUGAUGUUUUUUAUCGAGA